AUGGCUGAUAUAAAGCCAAAUGCACAAGAAGACAAAGAAGGAGAUGUGGUGGAACCAGUGUGUGACAGCUCCGGUGCCACUCAGGAGCCAUUACAGCGUCACACGUCCUCCCUAAAGAACAAUGCUGCAGGGUUGUCAGAGCAGCUGUCCUCUGACAGACUCCCAAACCCUUUAAAUGGUGCACAGCCCAGUCCAUUUGUACCCAGCAGUGUCCCUGCUGUUCCCCACACAGCCCAAGCACCCCAUUCACUACCUUCAGUAGCACUUGUUAAUGGACCUGCUUCACACCCUAACUCAGAGGAGAGCUGUGGCCUGAACAAAGACAGCACAACGCCCAACACUGUCCUGGUGGAGGCCCAGGACGCCCAACUACGGCAAGCAGGGAGGGACUCAAGCCCUCAGGUGUUACCGCCACCCAGUGAGCUUCAAUCAGACGCCAUGAAGAACCCAGCAAGGCUAGGGCCCGUUCUGAAAACACUAGCCACCACGCAGCCAGGAGCCAACAACACAUCGCCAUCUGACUCUGGGGAGAGUGAGGCUGAACUGCCCUACCAGGCCUCUGACACCACCUUGUCAGGCCACAGUCCACAGCCACACCAAACGCCAAUUAACCAAAUAUGGACGGCUGAGGGAGUCAAGGCUAGAGCUAGAUCUAUAUGGGACUUAAACACCACAGAAUCCUCUGAGAGUUCGUCGGACGGUUCUGACGGGACUGACGCACUACACUGGGAUUCUCAGAAAGAGCUCAUACGGGUGUUGUGGAACAAUCGUAACGUUGACAGCAGCUUAGAGACAAACGCUGCAGGAGUGGGAGUGAUGCCUCAGCUUACCAGCCAAAGACAGAGGAAGCGUAAAAUACACCUGGUGGGUACGUCAGGCUCUCCUGAAAAAGUUUACAACAGCAGCUCAAAUCACACCUACAAAAAAUGGCAUAUUGAAGAGGAGGAUGAUGAUGAGGAGGAUUUUGACAUAAAUGAAGAGGAAUCCCCCUGUAAAAAGGAUGAUGUACAGGCUUCUGUGAAUUCAUGUCAAGAGCAUCCCAGUGACAGGCCUGUAAUCAUCAAGAAACUGAUUGUAAGAGCAGAUUGCCAUGAAGACAAUCACUCUGACUCCCUCUUUAGUAGAAAGCCCAAGCAGCUAAAGACAGAGCAAUCCGAAGAAGAACCAUCGUUCUUCCCAUGCACAAAGUGCAAUGUUAAUUUCAAGGAGAAAAGGCAUUUGCAUAGACAUAUGAUGUAUCAUUUAGAUGGGCAUAAUCAUCAGAUACGCCACCACGAGAACGUUCCACGGCCUUUUAUAUGCAGGGAGUGUGGGCGUUCGUUCCGCGAUCGCAACUCCCUCCUCAAGCACAUGAUAAUCCACCAGGAGAGACGGGAGAAACUCAUGGAGGAGAUCCAGGGACUCAACAAACUCCGAGACGAAGGCAGGAAUGCCAAGCUGCAAUGCCCGCAGUGUGUGUUCGGGACCAACUGCCCCAAGACCUUCGUCCAGCACGCCAAGACACACGAGAAGGACAAACGUUAUUACUGCUGCGAGGAGUGCAACCACAUGGCCCUGACAGAACGGGAGCUGGAAGCACACCUGUACGCGGUGCACUGUGACACACUGCAGUACAAAUACAAGAACAUGAUCAAAGAUGAGGAGUCAGAGUUUCCUACAGAUAACAAUGAAGAUAAUGAAUCACGAUCUGUUCUGUUUCACUGUAAAGUGUGCCCUUUCAGCACCCAGUAUGAAAAUGACCUGAAGAGCCAUUGUGAGCUAAUACACCAGUUUUGUGAAGAUGAAUGUGGAAGUCCACCGUUUAACAAAGCACCUGACCAUCAAGAUCAAUAUAGGCUAGCUGACCCGUCCAAGAAAGCAGAUUUAAAACUCCUACAGCUGAAGCAAAAGUUCUGUAUUAAAAAGCCUGCUUUCUGGAAAAGAGCAGAUUUGCCCCUUUGGUCUGGUAGUGUAGCUGACUUUUACACGAGAGACAAAGCAGACGCACAGAAGUCUUACAAAGAUCUUUCUUCCUCCCAGUUCAAUUGCAGUCUUGUCAGCUCAACAAACAAGCUGUCACCAUCUGUGUGGAGGAGUGACAAGCCAAGCAAAUUAUCUCCCAAACCAACAGAGAAAAUAGACGUGACAACAGGUCUCCCUUAUGUUGAGGAAGACAAUCAACAAUACGACCAUGUCGUUUCAGGAAUCUCAGAAAGGACAAAAUAUCCCUCAAACGUCGAUGUGUUGGUUACAUCCAAGACAGCUAAACCAGGCCAGAUGCUAAAUCAUAGCUAUGACUCUGACAAGAGUCAGGGAGAUAGCAACAACUUGACCUGCAGGAAGUCAGAGCCCCAAGCUGUUACCCAAAAGUCUCCAUCCAAACGAAAAAUGUUCACUCCCUUCCGCAACACUGUGGACAAGGUGGUUGAUCAUGUUUUGCCAAAACUGAACCCAAAGUUAAAAGAGACUACCACUCCUGAAGACACAGAAGAGGGAGAUGAUGAUUAUGAGGACACGUAUGACUUUAGUGCCUACACCAGCGAGGCUACAGCCAACUUCCUGGAUAGUAGUGAGAAUGAGAGGAACCCCUAUGCCCGUAGCUACUUCAUACGCAGACAGAGGGGUUCUUUUGUAAAAGAAGAUCCUGCACCUGCUGCUGAUGUCGUCCAUUUUGAAAAGAACGCCGCUCAGGCUGACCACCAUUUAAAAAAGACUGAAGUCAAGGAGGGGGAGUAUGACAGCGAUGACAUACAGAAGCUUAUCAUCAAAGAGGAGUGUAUAGAAAGCUCAGUGUGUGACGAUCCUCCGGAGUCACCCACCACCACCAACACACAGAACCAGAGUCUCUCCUAUGAGUAUGACGUCUCCCCUCCGUUUGGGACAGAAAGGAAGUCCUGCCCCUACUGUCCUGCUGUGUUUGAGUCUGGGGUGGGCUUGUCCAAUCACGUGCGAGGGCACCUGCACAGGGUGGGGCUGAGUUAUGAUGCUCGCCAUGUGGUGUCACCUGAGCAGGUAGCUUCACAGGACCGACAGCCACGCAUACGCAGGAAGAUCCCCUCUGUGGCACGGAGGAUCAAAAAAGGUGAGCAACUUAUUACAUUUUCCCUGUCUUUAUUCAAUGACUUAUUGUUUUCCUAUUGUACUGUAAUAGGGUCAUCUGUAAUCACACGCUAACUAUAUUUGUGACUGCUUCUUUCACAGUCAGGUGUGUCAUGUUAUUAUUUUAUAGAUAGUGUGUAAUAUUCAAAGUUACCACAAAGUUGCCUAGUAAUUUACCUAGAUCGCUCUGGAUAAGAGCGUCUGCUAAAUGACUAAAAUGUUAAUGUAAAUAUAGAUAGUGUGUUAAAACCUAACCUUUUUUUAAUCUUCAUGUUACAGCUGAGAAGCCAGAGUCUCAGGCAGAGCACACCUGUCCCUUGUGCUGUGGCUGGUUCGACACCAACACGGGCCUCUCCAACCAUGUGAGGGGCCAUCUAAAGCGGAUAGGGAAGACCAGCACCAGCACCAGUAAGAGUCCAGUGUGUAUCCUUAACGAGCUGCUACAGGAUGAGCAGGAACACCAGAACAUCCUCCAGACUCUCAACAGGUACUGUAAACAUUUCCCCAACAAGUUACUGUUCACACCUUUUAGGGAUGUAAUAUAAUAUUCUAUCCUAUAUCAGGUAUAUAUUUAUUUUGAAUUUGUCUUCAUUUUAAUGUAUUUUUCAUUAUGUCUACUUUUAUGUCAUUGUACUUUUUCAUGUAUCUCUCUGGCUAUAUGUUGUGACUAGUGUAUCCUAUAUCAUUGUUGUGUUUCAUUUGAAACCUGAACAGGAAGCAGUUCCUCUCUCGACCAAUCAUCUCCCAGAAGUUCAUUGGGAGUGAUGGGCUCUUCCUGACACCCACAGGGAUCCCAGUGAAGAUCCAACAUGGCUGCCAGCCGGGCCAGGAUGGCAAUUCCACUCCAUGGGGGCCCAGUGCAACUACACCCAGGGAGGAGGGAGUUAAGAGAGAUGAGUUAUUUUCUGAGAGGAAGAGUAUAGAGGUACAGUUGUUGUGUUGUAUUUUGGUGCUAUGUUAUUUUGUGUGAUGUACUUUUACUCUUAGUUAUGUUGUUUAUAAUUGCUUUAUUUUUUUUUAUUCUGUAAGUGUCCUUGUGUAUCUUGAAAGGCGCAAGUAAAAUGUAUUAUUGUAAUGAAUAUUAUUAUUAUUAUUACAGAUACGAGGGGUCAGGGAACCUUCCCAGGGCACUUUAGUAGAGCUGCUGAGGAAGAGGAAGUUGGACAAGGAGCAGGAGCAGCUGAGGGAUAACAGCAGAUCGUAUGAAGCAGAUAGGAAGCACUUUACUGUGACCAAAGAGAGGUUUGAGGAGAGACAGAACCAACAGGCCAGUAACCUGGAACCACACUGGGCCCAAGGUAAGCAGAUUCACAACUCAUUUCUAUACACAUCAGAAUAUCAGCAUUUUAGAGCACUUUCAGAACUGUUUUAAAAAAUAUAUAUUUAACCUUUAUUUAACUAGGCAAGUCAGUUAGGAACACAUUUUUAUUUACAAUGACGGCCGACACCGGCCAAACCCAGACGACGCUGGGCCAAUUGUGUUAUGAGAAAGAGGUUGAGAUUGUAACAUUUCAAAAUUGGUGACAUCAUGGUAAGGUUGAACAUUUUUUGCAACCAGAUUUUUUUAUUUUUUGAACAGUGGAUAAAAUGACCUAGAUAACCAAAAUAUGACAUUUUCUGUUUUCUGCAAAGUAACAGAGUUAAAAACUAUAGAGUUAAAAACUACAGAGUUACUUUGCCUACCAAUUAUAUUUGAUUUAAUGGUAAUGAUUAUUGUGGUGCAACAAGUCCCCUCUUUGUGACAGCAAAACAUAUAUGACAUAUGAAGGGUCUGUUUCAACUGAUGUAGAAUCAAAGAAGACAAGAAAUCCGGUUAAGCCAGAUAGAUGAUGGAUAGAAGUGACAGACAUCUUUAUUAGCUAAACUGGGUCACCAGUCUGUUCUUUUCACAGUGUUCUAUCAUCAUUCAUAGGCUUGAUCAGUUUAGUCCAAAAGUAUGAUUAUUUUAGGUGAUCUUUGGAAUAGUUUUAUUGAGUGCAAUGAUACAGAGUUAAGAUAGUAGUUUGCCCUCCAAUUACAGUAUAUGAUCAGCUUGCCAUAAUUAAACAUGAACUUGUCUUGUUCCGCAGCUGUUUUGUGUUUUUUACUACCUGUACAGCUUUUCAUUAUUUACAGGCGCUCAUGUUAAAUCACAACAUUUCAUUCAAAUUGAGCUUUAUUAAAUAUGUAUGUGAGACGCAUCAGCAUACCCUAGUACUCUGUCUGUUCUUCUGUCAGCAACCUUGAAGUCACCAGGAAAAAUGCAGCAGAAGCCAGGCUAAAAAGGAAAAUAAAUAUAAAAAGAGAAAAGUUCACGAUCAAUUGAAUUAUUGUAACGCACACAAACAUAAUAAAUGUCACCAAAUUGGCUUUGAAAUUGAAAUUAAAACCUGUCACGUCCUUUCGAUAUGGUUCUGGAAGCACAUCAGCUGUGUUUACACACCUUUGUUUAAUAAGAGUUUCCGUCCGUUAUGCAGAAAGAUUAAUAAGUGUCCAUCUGAAUUCUAAUGUUUGGCCGUUCUGUGGCUGACAUUGUUGAAUGUCAUAGUUACUUUUUACAGUAUAGCUGAAAGCUGAAACCUUAAAGGGAGAAUAGACUGACUCAUGUAUUCAGAUUUAAUCAUCUAACUAAGGCUUUUACACCAUUUUGCUGUAAUCAGUGUUAUGUUAAAUGGAGAUUUAACACAUACAGUGGGGAGAAUACUGUAUAAUAUGUACUUUUAAGGACAUUAGUUAAUUAACCAAGAAGAGAUUCAUUUUGCACAUGCAAUUGUUACAAACGAUUUGCAGGUAAUUUAAAUAACCUUUAGUAGCUUGUCAUAGUUAAAAAAACACCUCCGUAGCAGAUGUUUUCCCCCCUAUUAGGUGUGAAAUGAAUGGGAAGCUGUCGCUAUCAUUUUCACACCACUGCCAGUAGCUUCAGGAAAGCCUGCAUAGAAACUUGGUGUGGGCUUGUCAUCCAAUCAAAUCUGCUCUAAAGGGUGUUCGGAGAGACCUUUCCUAAUCAAAUAUUUUAACGAUUUAGCAUGCUCUAGAUGUAGCCUGUAGUGACAUGCCAAACCAUUGUAAUUCAUGUGCAAUAUUGACACAAUCAGCAAAGUAUGAAUUUCUUAGCAUAGCCUUAAUCAAAUUCUAAACCCCAAAAUUGUCCCAAACCCUGCGUGAAUCUUCUGCUACAGGUGAAAAUAUGCUCCCUGGAGUCCUUAGAUUGUGAUAAACAUUACUCUCAACAACACAUCUCCAACUGCAGAGUGCAAAACAGAUCUUUACAAUAUGAAAACAGAUGGAGAGAGAGGUGAUGGCACUCAGGGAAUAGUAGUUUUACUUCAUGUUCAUCUCUAUGUGCUCUGUAGUCACUUUUAGACAUAUUUCUUCCGAUUUUUCCUUACAGACCUCAACUCACCUCCAGAUUAUAUUUGUCAAAGACACUCAUCAAAGACCCUGAAACCAAACAAUUCAUUUAGAUGUAAUGCGUGUAGAAGUUGAACUUUUUAAAAAAAGUGGGCAGCAUCCAAACAAAAUGUCUCUAAUGGAAGAUAACUGUUAAUGAAGUAAAAAACAAACAGAGCGUGGUAAUCCGGAGGCUUAGGGGCAUUUGAAUAAAAUGCUAUACUCUUGACACUAUUUCAAAGACGUUCCCUUGCAAGAAAAGUGUUGUUAAGGAGUGUUUGGAACAUAUUUUACUUGUGUGUGCUUUGCUUUCUUUUGAAUUUUAUCUCUUUCCCUUUCACAUGUCUCAUUUUCCAGAGAGAAAUGAAUCUAAUAAGAAGAUGUGCAUUCACUGUAACACAACCUUCCCCAGUGCUGUUAGUCUGUCCAAUCAUCUUCGCGCUUACGCACGCAGGAAGAGGGUUGCCAUGUUGGAAGGAACAAGUAAGUUCUCUAAGCCUGAUCUGAAAUUACAGUAUUGAAUGUUCCUUGUAGAAAAUGUACAGAACAUUACAUCAUCCCAAAUGGCGUCCUAUUGCCUAUAUAGUGGACUACUUUUGACCAGAGCCCCAUAGUGCUCUGGUCAAAGGUAUUCCACUAUAUAGGGAAUAGGGUGCCAUUUGGGACACAACCUGUGACUCUCUGUCCUGGUGUCAAUCAGUCUUCAGAGUUGUACGGAGUAAGUCUGUAGUAAGUUGGUCUGUAAUGAGUUGGUCUGUACUGACUUGGCCUGUACUGUUUUCCAGCCUAUUCCUGUAUACAGAAGAAGCCUAGGUUGAGGGCUGGACCAAAGAAGAAACUAUUCUCCGCUCUCCCACCUGCUGUUGAGGAGAUGUACAGACUCACCUGCAGGUGUGUAGGACCACAACAAGCUUUUCUGUCACUUGGCUUUUUCGUUGGCAUCUUGAUUUAUUGUGUGUUUCAUCCUGUGGCCACAAGCACCAAUAUAUUCUGGAUUACCCUUUUAAUACUGUGAAAUGGUCAUGUAUCGGUUCUAAAAUAGUAUGUGGACACCCUUUCAAAUGAGUGGAUUCAGCUAUUUCAGCCACACUGGUUGCUGACAAUCUCUAUAGACAAACAUUAGCAGUAGAACGGCCUUACUGAAGAGCUCAGUGGCACUGUCAUAGGAUGCUACCUUUCCAACAAGUCAGUUCGUCACAUUUCUACCCUGCUAGAGCUCCCCCGGUCACCUGUAAGUGCUGUUAUUGUUCCAAACUGCCUCUGGAAGCAACGUCAGCACAGGAACUGUUCGUUGGGAGCUUCAUGAAAUGGGUUUCCAUGGCUGAGCAGCUGCACACAAGCAUAAAAUCACCAUGCGCAAUGCCAAGCGAAGGCUGGAGUGGUGUAAAGUUCGCCACCAUUGGACUCUGGAGCAGUGGAAACGCGUUCUCUGGAGUGAUGAAUCACGCUUCACCAUAUGGCAGUCCGACUGACAAAUCUGGGUUUGGCUGAUGCCAGGAUAACGCUAUCUGUUUGGUGGAGGAGGAAUAAUGGUCUGGGGCUGUUUUUCAUGGUACGAGCUAGGCCCCUUAGUUCCAGUGAAGGGAAAUCUUAACUCUCCAGCAUACAAUGACAUUCUAGACGAUUCUGUGCUUCCAACUUUGUGGCAACAGUUUGGGGAAGGCUCUUUCCUGUUUCAGCAUGACAAUGCCCCCGUGCACAAAGCAAGGUCCAUACAGAAAGGGUUUGUCGAGAUCGGUGUGGAAGAACUUGACUGGCCUGCACAGAGCCUUGACCUCAACCCCAUCGAAUACCUUUGGGAUGAAUUGGAACGCCGACUGUGAGCUAGGCCAGAUCGCCCAACAUCAGUGCCCGACCUCACUAAUGCUCUUGUGGCUGAAUGGAAGCAAGUCCCCACAUCUAGUGGAAAGCCUUCCCAGAAGAGUGGAGGCUGUUAUAGCAGCGAAGGGUGGACAAACUCCAUAUGAAUGCCCAUGACUUUGGAAUGAGAUGUUCGACGAGCAUGUGUCCACAUACUUUUGGUCAUGUAGUGUAUCGUAUGAACAGUGUUGUAAUAAUAAUAAUAAUAUAAUAUGCCAUUUAGCAGACGCUUUUAUCCAAAGCGACUUACAGUCAUGCGUGCAUACAUUUUUUUUUUGUGUAUGGGUGGUCCCGGGGAUCGAACCCACUACCUUGGCGUUACAAGCGCCGUGCUCUACCAGCUGAGCUACAGAGGACCAGGUUGUCACCUCAGAUGCUAAGUAGUACGGGUGUAAUCAAAUCAAAUCAAAUCAAAUCAAAUUUUAUUGGCCACAUGCGCCGAAUACAACAGGUGCAGACAUUACAGUGAAAUGCUUACUUACAGCCCUUAACCAACAGUGCAUUUAUUUUUAACAAAAAAGUAAAAAUAAAACAACAACAAAAAAAGUGUUGAGAAAAAAAGAGCAGAAGUAAAAUAAAAUAACAGUAGGGAGGCUAUAUAUACAGGGGGGUACCGGUGCAGAGUCAAUGUGCGGGGGCACCAGCUAGUUGAGGUAGUUGAAGUAAUAUGUACAUGUGGGUAGAGUUAAAGUGACUAUGCAUAAAUAAUUAACAGAGUAGCAGCAGCGUAAAAGGAUGGGGUGGGGGGGCAGUGCAAAUAGUCUGGGUAGCCAUGAUUAGCUGUUCAGGAGUCUUAUGGCUUGGGGGUAGAAGCUGUUGAGAAUUCUUUUGGACCUAGACUUGGCAUUCCGGUACCGCUUGCCGUGCGGUAGCAGAGAGAACAGUCUAUGACUAGUGUGGCUGGAGUCUUUGACAAUUUUGAGGGCCUUCCUCUGACACCGCCUGGUAUAGAGGUCCUGGAUGGCAGGAAGCUUGGCCCCAGUGAUGUACUGGGCCGUACGCACUACCCUCUGUAGUGCCUUGCGGUCCGAGGCCAAGCAGUUGCCAUACCAGGCGGUGAUGCAACCAGUCAGGAUGCUCUCAAUGGUGCAGCUGUAGAAUUUUUUGAGGAUCUGAGGACCCAUGCCAAAUCUUUUCAGUCUCCUGAGGGGGAAUAGGCGUUGUCGUGCCCUCUUCACGACUGUCUUGGUGUGUUUGGACCAUGAUAGUUCGUUGGUGAUGUGGACACCAAGGAACUUGAAGCUCUCAACCUGUUCCACUACAGCCCCGUCGAUGAGAAUGGGGGCGUGCUCAGUCCUCUUUUUUUUCCUGUAGUCCACAAUCAUCUCCUUUGUCUUGGUCACGUUGAGGGAGAGGUUGUUGUCCUGGCACCACAUGGCCAGGUCUCUGACCUCCUCCCUAUAGGCUGUCUCAUCGUUGUCGGUGAUCAGGCCUACCACUGUUGUGUCGUCGGCAAACUUAAUGAUGGUGUUAGAGUCGUGCCUGGCCAUGCAGUCAUGGGUGAACAGGGAGUACAGGAGGGGACUGAGCACGCACCCCUGAGGGGCCCCCGUGUUGAGGAUCAGUGUGGCAGAUGUGUUGUUACCUACCCUUACCACCUGGGGACGGCCCGUCAGGAAGUCCAGGAUCCAGUUGCAGAGGGAGGUGUUUAGUCCCAGGAUCCUUAGCUCAGUGAUGAGCUUUGAGGGCACUAUUGUGUUGAAUGCUGAGCUGUAGUCAAUGAAUAGCAUUCUCACGUAGGUGUUCCUCUUGUCCAGGUGGGAAAGGGCAGUGUGGAGUGCAAUAGAGAUUGCAUCAUCUGUGGAUCUGUUGGGGCGGUAUGCAAAUUGGAGUGGGUCUAGGGUUUCUGGGAUAAUGCUGUUGAUGUGAGCCAUGACCAGCCUUUCAAAGCACUUCAUGGCUACAGACAUCAGUGCUACGGGUCGGUAGUCAUUUAGGCAGGUUAUCUUAGAGUCCUUGGGCACGGGGACUAUGGUGGUCUGCUUGAAACAUGUUGGUAUUACAGACUCAGUCAGGGACAUGUUGAAAAUGUCAGUGAAGACACUUGCCAGUUGGUCAGCACAUGCUCGGAGUACACGUCCUGGUAAUCCGUCUGGCCCUGCGGCCUUGUGAAUGUUGACCUGCUUAAAAGUCUUACUCACAUCGGCUACGGAGAGCGUGAUCACAUAGUCAUCCGGAACAUGCAUGCUUCAGUGUUGCUUGCCUCGAAGCGAGCAUAGAAGUGGUUAAGCUCGUCUGGUAGGCUUGUGUCACUGGGCAGCUCACGGCUGUGCUUCCCUUUGUAGUCUGUAAUAGUUUUCAAGCCCUGCCACAUCCGACGAGCGUCAGAGCCAGUGUAGUACCAUUCAAUCUUAGUCCUCCAGACUCUUUGUCUGUUUGAUGGUUCGUCGGAGGGCAUAGCGGGAUUUCUUAUAAGCGUCCGGGUUAGAUUCCCGCUCCUUGAAAGCGGCAGCUCUACCCUUUAGCUCAGUGUGGAUGUUUCCUGUAAUCCAUGGCUUCUGGUUGGGGUAUGUACGUACGGUCACUGUGGGGACGACAUCAUCGAUGCACUUAUUGAUGAAGCCAGUGACUGAUGUGGUGUACUCCUCAAUGCUAUCUGAAGAAUCCCGGAACAUGUUCCAGUCUGUGCUAGCAAAACAGUCCUGUAGCUUGGUACACAUAUUCAUACCGUUCGGUACGGGGACCUCGGUCCGGUCUGCUCUGUGAACCCUAAUGAAUACAUAAAAAUAUUUAUGCAAUAAAAACACUAGGCCUAUAGGCCUCUGCCUAUUGAGUAAAUCAAAUAACCUUUCAGGCUAUUCCGUUAAAACAACUAAACCCUAUGCGCACGUUGUGAUCAAAAUUCUAAUCCGAAUUGCUGCAUUUCAAACUGUCCUUUUGUGAGGAACUAGUUCUGUACGAUGGUGAGGGGUUGGGUCGAUAAACCAGAAUUGGAGUAUUCUCCAUCAUCGUUGAAAUCUCCAGUUUGGGAACAUUUUUGCUUCCCAGUAGAUUACAAUGGCGAUGGACAGAGAGUUGUGGAUAAAAGGUUAACAGUAUGUCGCCACACUCAACAAGAAUAGCCUAUGCAGCUGCCAACACCUCAAAUAUGUUGACACAUUUACACCGACAUUACCCCAGUAUACCGGAGCAAGACGGAAACGCAAAGAAACAACAACUCAACAUCGUCUCCCCUCUGCAUUCAAGCUAAUUCUGAUUCUGACCGGGCCAAAGAAAUUACAAGAGCGAUAGGUAGGCUAUGUUUAUCUUUUUUACAGCCUUUGAUUUAUAGCCACGCAUAUGCACCCAUUCUCCGUGGUUGAGAAUAGGGGGUUUCAGCACCUUGUGAAAGUGCUCGAACGACAUUACGAACUUCCCUCUUGCACCCAUUUCAGCAAACAGGUAGUACCCGCUCUAUAUAAGCAAACCAAAGCCGAAGUUUUCAAUGAAUUGGACAAUGCACCCUGUGUUGCGCUUAUUUAACAUUGACCGCCUAUCACAUUACCCCGGAGUGGUAGAUGUACCGUAAGACACAGCAUCUUUAUGAGAGUCACAAGUGCGCAUCUGGUACUGAAGGAGGCAGUUGCAUGGUGCGUUCAAACUAAGUGGGAAGUGGGAAGUUACCACAUACGACUGGGAAAAAGCCACUUUAACGCCCCUCCAACUGGUAUAUACUAGUGGGAAACUCGUCUAUCAUCCUGAGCACCCACAUCUCCCACAUGGUAACCUCUGAUGUCACCUACUAAGGAAGGCUUCUAUAACAGCAUUUUCAGCAGUAAUAUGCAACAUCAAAACAUAAUUUGCUUACAAGCAUGAUAUCUGUACUUUUAGUUUAUGGUUGACCCAGCUUGUUGGCCAUUAGCCAAUCAGCGUUUCUCAACAAGUUCAAAUCACAUGAAUGCAUCCAACUGGUAUUUCCGACUUCACAACUGGUAAAUUCCCACCUCCUACAUGGUUACAAACGCAGCAUCAGAGUGGCAACUUGAGAGGCCCAACAUAACAAUCCGGUCACAACAGACAAUGCAAGUAACAUUGUGAGUGCUGAACAUCAUUUUACCACUGUAUCGAAACUGAACCGCAAUACGUACCGAACCGUGGGUUUGGUGAACCGUUACACCCCUACUAAAUAGUAUCCAUAUGUCUGCAAACCAAACCUAACCUAGCCUACCCUAAUUUAACCAAACCUAACCUAGCUCUCUCUCUCUCCCAUGCAGAUUCUGUGACCUUGUCUUCCAGGGUCCUCUGUCCGUCCAGGAGGAUUGGAUCAAGCACUUACAAAGACACCUCAUGCACACCAGUGUCCCUCAUACAGGGGCUGGCAUGGUAGAGGUCCUGGGACUACAUAAAAAUAUGUCCUCCUUGCCCCCCCAGCAGCACCUCUGUCUGGAGCACCCAAUGUCCAAUGAGCACCCCGCGGCCCACGAGCCCCAGGAGCGCCAUGAGCACCCCUGCUUGGAACACCCCUCUCCUCGUGAUCACCCCUCGCCCCAGCAGGAGCCCCCCUUGCCCAAUGAGCACCCCAAAACCCAUGAGCACACUGAGCCCCAUGAUGAGCGCCUCUUGCAUCAUGCAUAUCCCUCAUCCAAUGAGCAUCCCAGCCUGGAGCAGCACACGGCCACGCCCCCUCUGGAGCUUCUUCCAGUGGCUUCCUGAGCUAGAGGGUUGUUUACACAUUUUCACUUUAGAUCUUUAUCCUGCACAUGUAAAUAUGGAUAGAUACAUAUAAAUAUAUAUAGAGAGAUAAAUACAAAUAUUCUAAAGCUAUAUGUUUUUUUUUAUAUGCACAUGGACCUACUAGCCCUUCUCUCUAUUUUAUAAGACCUGUAUCUAUACUAUACUGUAGAUGAUAGAUCUUGUUACUUAGACGUACAGAAACGUUACAGAAUUUACAGUUACAGAGAAUUCUACUUGAGAGGCAAAAAUGCCAACAACAUUCGCUGAAGCUAGAACAACGGUCAGUUCAGAACCUUGUAUCUCAACUUUUUUAACCUAAGUUCUGUUACCUCUUCUACGUUUAAGUGAAGUUUUACCUACAGAUAAUCUUGCCAUAUUGCAACAUGGACACAUGUUAAAUGUGUCUUCUUGCUUCCUUCUUUGUACAGUUUAGCAGUCAGUCAGAACUUUGAACCCAUUACCAAAAGAGACAACUCACACCUCAGCAUUGUGAUAAUGAUAAAUGCUUUGCCCAUUAAUUUGAGGCUAUUCUCAUUGACAAACAUUUAAGGAGGCAGCGCGACAAGAUUUCAAUUUACACAAUAUGUACACUACCAAUAAAAAGUUUGGACACACCUACUCAUUCAAGGGUUUUUCUUUAUUUUUACUAUUUUUUACAUUGUAGAAUAAUAGUGAAGACUUCAAGACUAUUAAAUAACACAUAUGGAAUCAUGAGGUAGUCACCUGGAAUGCAUUUCAAUUAACAGGUGUGCCUUCUUAAAAGUUAAUUUGUGGAAUUUCUUUCCUUCUUAAUGCGUUUGAGCCAAACAGUUGUGACAAGGUAGGGGGGGAUACAGAAGAUAGCCCUAUUUGGUAAAAGACCAAGUCCAUAUUAUGGCAAGAACAGCUCAAAUAAGCAAAGAGAAACGACAGUCCAUCAUUACUUUAAGACAUGAAGGUCAGUCAAUACGGGAAAUUUCAAGAACUUUGAAAGUGCAGUCGCAAAAACCAUCAAGCGCUAUGAUGAAACUGGCUCUCAAGAGGACCGCCACAGGAAUGGAAGACCCAGAGUUACCUCUGUUACAGAGGAUAAGUUCAUUAGAGUUACCAGCCUCAGAAAUUGCAGCCCAAAUAAAUGCUCAACAUCUCAACAUCAACUGUUCAGAGGGUACUGUGUGAAUCAGGCCUUCAUGGUCGAAUUGCUGCAAAGAAACCACUACUAAAGGACACCAAAAAACAUGAGCACUGGACAUUAGACCAGUGGAAAUGUGUCCUUUGGUCUGGGGUCCAAAUUUUAGAUUUUUGGUUCCAACCGCCGUGUCUUUGUGAGACGCGGUGUGGGUGAACGGAUGAUCUCCGCAUGUGUAGUUCCCACCGUAAAUCAUGGAGGAGGUGUUAUGGUGUGGGGGUGCUUUGCUGGUAACACUGUCUGUGAUUUAUUUAGAAUUCAAGGCACACUUAACCAGCAUGGCUACCACAACAUUCUGCAGCGAUACGCCAUCCCAUCUGGUUUGGCCUUAGUGGGACUAUCAUUUGUUUUUCAACAGGACAAUGACCCAACACACCUCCAGGCUGUGUAAGGGCUAUUUUACCAAGAAGGAGAGUGAUGGAGUGCUGCAUCAGGUGACCUGGCCUCCACAGUCCCCCGACCUCAACCCAAUUGAGAUGGUUUGGGAUGAGUUGGACGGCAGAGUGAAGGAAAAGCAGCCAACAAGUGCUCAGCAUAUGUGGGAACUCCUUCAAAACUGUUUGAAAAGCAGUCCAGGUGAAGCUGGUUGAGAGAAUGCCAAGAGUGUGCAAAGCUGUCAUCAAGGCAAAGGGUGGCUAUUUGAAGAAUCUCAAAUAUAAAAUAUAUUUUGAUUUGUUUAAAACUUAUUUGGUUACUGCAUGAUUCCAUAUGUGUUAUUUCAUAGUUUUGAUGUCUUCACUGUUAUUCUACAAUGUAGAAAAUAGGAAAAAAAGUAGGUGUGUCCAAACUUUUGACUGGUACAUAAACAAUUUACAUUACAUCCUUGCCUUACCUUUUUAUUGUGGCUGGCAACGUCACAUUCUGGCUCUGCAGCUCCAAAUUUACGUACAAAUCAGUAUCACAGUAGUCACUAACUAGCCAGUAACCUUGCAAACUAUUCAACAAUGCAAGCAACUUUUCCUCUGAAACAUAUUAGCUACACUUGAAUAAUGCAACGAAGUGUAUAGACAAUUCAAGGUUUUAUUUUCUUGUUCAUACACACAUUAAAAGUAGCUUGCAAUACAAUGACACAGAUAGCAUAUCAAACAUUUGUUUUACAUUUUAGUAGACGCUCUUAUCCAAAGCGACUUACAGGAGCAAUUAGGGUUAAGUGCCUUGCUCAAGGGCACAUCGACAGAUUUUUCACAUAGUCGGCUUGGGGAUUAGAACCAGCGACCUUUUGGUUACUGGCACAGCACUCUUAACCACUAAGCUACCUGCCGCCUGAACGUUUACCCCUCUCAUUCAAAUAUAAAAGUACAGUUUCAGUGCAUUAAAGUUACCUUAGAACAAACCAGGCUUAAUUUGAUCAAUAUCAUGGAAGUCAUUAUAUGAGGUAAAUGCAAAAUUGCGACUGAAAACGUUUUCCCUCGUGAGUUGAUCAGCUUCUUGCUGCAUGCGUCUUGCCUGGAUUGUGACUCUGAGCAGCCAAAGCGGGAAAACACAGUUGAGCUUCCCUUUCUUAAAGCUACGGUGACAAUUUCAGAAUGUAACAGGCUGUUGCUGCAAUUUCAGGUGAAAGCUCAAUAAAACAAGUCUCAAAUAUAAUGAAAAUGUCUAUACAUUUCAGCUGUUUCAUUUCAGCUGCUCUGCUAUUAGUAUUUUUACUGUUUGAAUGUUGGGCUCAAAGAGACAAUUCUGUUUACACUGACCUGCUCAGAGGGGGGAAACUGUUGGGCGAGUGUCAUGUGCGACAUCCGGAGGUAGCAUUCGAGAUGUGAGAAAUACGCAAGUUUACAUUACAGUAAUGGCUCUCAAGAAUCAAUACCUCUCGAGAAUCUCUCGAAAUUCUCCUUAAAGGGAUAUUUCGGGAUUUUGGCAAUGACCCUUUAUCUACUUCCCCAGAGUCAGAUGAACUCGUGGAUGCCUUGUUUGUGUCUCUUUGACCAGUAUGAAGGAAGUUAGAGGUAGUUUCACGAUUCAAUCCUAACUAGCAUUAGCGCAAUGGCUGAUACCCAUAGACUUCCAGCCAUUGCGUUAACGCUAGUUAGCAAUUGCGCUAGCGCUAGUUAGCAACUUCCUUCAUACUGCACGCAGAGACAUAAAAAUGGUAUCCACAAGUUCAUCUGACUCUGGGGAAGUAGAUAACAUCCUGAAGUAUCCCUUUAAUUCUCAGUCAAUGAGAAUAGACCCUUUAACUGUAGCCAUAGGAGCAAUAAUCAGAAUACAGGGUCAAUCAUUCAUAUCACAAAUUAUAUGCAUUGCUAUAACUGUCGUUAUUGUAUGUAUGGACAAAAUAUCUGCUUUCUCCCAAACUUUUAUGCUGAUUAUUUACUAUUUGUCUUGUUCUGACUUAAACAGUAGGCUAACUGUAAUUAUGAUAUGUUCUAAUUUUAUGUUAAUCAAGCAAAGAAAACACGUUUUCUAUUUAUUUAUCUCUAAAGAUCAAUAUUAGAUUUUAUUUAAUGAAAUAUUCUAAACAAGUUUGAAUGUUGGAUUACUGGAUUCAUGUAGAGUGUAAACUGAGUACCCCAUCAAUAUCAUGCAAUGCAAUCUUACCUCUGAAGUGGUUCAUGGGAAUGGACUUGCUUCAAUCCACUGCUUCGUUAGUUUCUUUGACUAGCAACCUUUGCUAAUUUGCUAACCUUGUCAAAUAAGCAUACAGAAGCAGUGGAUUGAAGCUACCUACUGCGCACACACUGGUUGAAUCAACGUUGUUUCAACGUAAUUCGUCAACGUAUUGUGACGUGGACUCAACCGUGGAAAAUACAUUGGAUUUGAAAGAAGUCACAAACCAGUACUGUUUUCAUCUAAUUUCAACCAGUGUUGCAAACAUUGAAAUUAGGGUAAAACUUCAACUUAAAUACAUUGACUUAACCGGACUAACAGGUUGUUACACCAAUUUAAUUUCUACAUAAUCAUGAGAGCUAUCUAUACGUUGAAAUUGCAUUGAAAAUGUCAUAGAAACGUAUAAAAUAAAUGUCAUCCUAUAUUCAAUAUGUGCUGAGUAUACCAAACAUUAGGAACACCUUUCUAAUAUUGACUUGCACUCCCCCUUUUGUCCUCAGAACAGCCUCAAUUCGUCAGGGCAUGGACUCAACAAGGUGAUGCAAGCGUUCCACAGGGAUGCUGGCCCAUGUUGAUUCCAAUGCAUCCCACAGUUGUGUCAAGUUGGCUGGAUGUCCUUUGGGUGGUGGACCAUUCUUGAAACACACAGGAAACUGUUGAGCGUGAAAAACCCAGCAGGGUUGCAGUUCUUGACACAAACUGGUGCGCCUGGCACCUACUGCCAUACCCCCUUCAAAGGCACUUAAAUCUUAUGUCUUGCCCAUUCACCCUCUGAAGGGCACGCAUACACAAUCCACGUCUCAAUUGUCUCAAGGCUUAGAAAUCCUUCUUUAACCUGUCUCCUUUCCCUUCAUCUACACUGAUUGCAGUGGAUUUAACAAGUGACAUCAAUAAGGCAUCAUAGCCUACUGGUAUAUGAGGAGUAAUGCACUUCAGUGAGAACGAGUCAAUCAUGCCAGAUGCCUACCUCUUUGCACCCUGCUUAGCUUUGGAAACAAGGUGUGUUUGUUUCACCUGAGCUACCAUGUCAACACAUUUAGACAUUGACCAGCUUCCAUACUCAUUUGCAUAGACUACCUAAAUACCAUUGAAUAGUUGAAAGUAACUCCUCUUACACAAGCGGUAUGUGAAAGUACAUUCGGAGUGAGGUGGGUUUAUGUAGGCUACAUUGACAUCUGAUUUGCCCAAAGGACACCAUCAUUUUAAUGUGAAGCUAGGUAUACUAUCAUUCAUUCAUGGUUGAUUGGAUCUUUGGAAGAUUAUAAGUAGUUACCAUUAGCCUUAUAAAUAGGAUGCCAAAUUCAUUAUAUUAAUAAUACACUUUUACCUUUGGAUAUUAUUUUGUAUAUGAAGGAUGGUUGGUUGAUUUCAAAUGUAAUCUGUUAAUAUAUAAUAUAAUAUGUUAGAUUCACGUCUCCCAUGUCAACCAAAAAUCGAAGUUGAAAAAUACGCAACCAAAUAUCAAGUAUCAACAUUUGAAGGAGCACUUGCACAUCCUGAACCAACACUUGCACUUGACCCCCCCCUUUCUAGCUCUGACUUUGCUGAUACCUACUUUAUUGAGGAAAAGUGUACUUACUAUGCCUGUGAUACUGUAUGUGGUUGUCCCACCUAGCUAUCUUAAUAUGAAUGCGCUAACUGUAAGUUGCUCUGGAUAAGAGCAUCUGCUAAAUGACUAAAAUGUAAAAAAAUUAUAUAUUAUGAAUAACAUAUAUAAAAGACAAUGUCCAAAGGUAAAAGUGCAUUAUUAGUAUAAUGAAUUUGGCAUCCUAUUUAUAGGGCUAAUGGUAACUACUUCUAAACUUUCAAAGAUGCAAUCAACCUUAGACGAAUGAUAGUAUACCUAGCUUCACGUUGAAAUGAUGGUGUCCUUUGGGCAAAUCAGAUGUUAAUGUAGCCUACGUAAACCCAACUUCACUCCGAAUUUACAUUCAUAAUCAGCUUGUGUGAGAAAAGUUAGAGGAGUUAUGAAAAAAUAAAAAAUUAUGUAUGCACUCACUAACUGUAAGUCGCUCUGGAUAAGAGCGUCUGCUAAAUGACUAAAAUGUAAAAUGUAAAUGUAAAUGUUAUUUAGUUAUUUGGGCCUAGGUAGUCUACACAAAUUAGUAUGGAAUCAAUGUCUAAAUGUGUUGACGUGAUAGCUCAGCUGGAUCGAACACAUCUUGGUUCCGAAGCUAAGCAGGAUACAUAGUGGUAGGCAUCUGGAUGAUGGACUUAUUCUCACUCAAGUGCAUUACCCCUCAUAUAACAGUAGGAGUUGAUGUUCAGGCAGGAAUCGUUGGACGAUAGCUUCACAUUUUAUUUCAAUAUACCUCUUUAUUUAGGAUGAUAGCAUGACGUUGAAACAAUGACGUUGAUUCAAACAUACCAUUUUACUAUCAACAUUGAAACAAGGUCAAAUAAAAUGUCUAAUCAAAUAUGAAAUUCAACAAAAUAUUUUCUAUGUUUUCAACAUAAUUUUAACAUUUACAUAGUUCUGAUGAUUAUGUUGAAAUUAGAUUGAUGUAACAACCUGUCAGGUGAAGUCAAUGUAUUUAGGUUGGAAGUUUUACCCUAAUUUCAAUGUUUAAAACAGUGGUUGAAAUUAGAUGAAAACAGUACUGGUUGAUGACAUUCUUCAAAUGGAUUUUCCACGUUGAUUCCACAUCAUAAUACGUUGACAAAUUACGUUGAUUUAACCAGUGUGUGCCCAGUGGGUAGUCUCUCUUCCAUAAAAUCAUUAAGAGGUAAGACAAAAUAUGAAGCAAGGCUGAGAUAGUGGUGAAAUAUUGCUUUAAGGCAUUUAUUAGGCCUAGUUAAUGAAGCACAUUCUUCUGUAUCGUUCUUUGAUGAUUCAACACCGCCAAACACUACUUUCUAAUAUUAUUAUGGAGAACUUAACUUUCCCUUCCGAAAUUGAUUUUACAGUCCAAUAA